UAUCUGUAAAUGAUCAUAUCUCUUGUUUUUCUUAUCAAAUGCAUAGUGCUGUAAAUGUAUUAAAUCUCACUAUCGUGGUUUUAUUUGCCAUUGUGUGCGUGGGGAAAAGGAGUUUUGGGUAUGUUUUAAGGUUGGUGUUGAAGCAAUUCUGUUUAUAUCAAUGAAAUACAACAUUUCAUACAUUGCACAGUUAGUGUGUAGAAUAUACAAUUAUACCUGAUGAUGAUUUUGGUAGCAUUUACUAUUUGUGUUCUAAAAAUAACCAUUUUCUAAAAACAUUUCUAUUGGAUAUAACUCACAAUCACACAAGUUCAAAGGUCAUAGACUCAACCAACAGGUCAUGCAACAUUCCAACUUCAAUGUUCAAAGGUCAUACACACCCAGCAAGCUUCCUUCUAACCCACGUGCACAGGAAGCCAAAGAAUGAGAACAGUUUGAAAACUCCACUUCUUAGAGCUAGAGGACAAUUCUGUCUGUCACUCUGAACACUGAAUAUAACCCGGCAAGAAGGUUUAACUCUAACAAAGCUCUAUCUAAAAAUGCAUGGGUGGAAAUAUCCAAUGCCACCAUUUAAUGACCAAGAACAAACAAAUUUGUAACCCAAUAUGCAUACCGGAACACGAUACCCCCUUGAGGCUAAAAGCAAACAAAAGCCUUAGUGUCUACAAGAGAUUAUGUCCCCCAGGAACUUUCUUAUGUAAGUGUUAGUGUGUGUGAAACCUACACCUUUGGGUGGAUUUCAGUCACAUGACCUGGUAGGAAAUUGACCCUAUCCUGAUAAAAGCUCCUUGAUUGGGAGGACAAACAUACCUUUGCUCUCUUAACGUCAACUUGACAACCUAUUGGCAGCUAUUAACUUUCAUUUUCCCUGUGAUAUACACAAUGAUCCCUUAUAAAAGACUAGGGGUGGCAAAUUCUUGAACAUUUUGAAAGGCGCUGACUGAAGGGUGGAUACAGAAUUUCUGAGUACAAAGCUGUUAGACACGGGAGUUAAUACAAUGGCAGACAACAGGAAGGGAACAAAAACAGCAGGGCUGAUCUUCGCUCUGGUACUGGUCCCACUGUCACUCUAUGUGGCCAACAUUGCAACAGACUUGGUGUUGGCUGUGCGAUACCUCAGGAACAAGGACUUCACCUGGUUUGGGCUGACUUUGGGGUUCGUACUGGUUCCAUCACUGAUCAUCCAACUUGUUUCUCUGUUCUACGAGAGGAAGACCAUGCAGCAAUAUCGACCUCUGUUGUACAUCCUUCACGUGCUUCAGCUUGGGGUGUUUAUCCAGUAUGGUGCCUUAUUCCUGCACCUGUGGAUGGGACUGGGCGGAGGGGAAAGCGGUCGCGUCAGCCCUGGUUUACCCAUCAUCCAUUUGACGGAGGCGGUGCUCCAGUCCAUGCCUCAGUUCAGUCUGCAGCUCUACAUCACUGUUGUGUCUCAUUUGAACACCACUAAAUUUAUGCCUGAUGACAACUCAACAGUGGCUUUCAAUACCACAGAACUGCUAACCACACAACUGCCAACCCACUAAAUGUAUGACGAAGAGGGCAGUGAAUC